AUGAGUGAUCUGAAUCGAGAUGAACAGCUUGCAUUUUUAGAAUGUAUGGGAAAAUUGCAAAAAGAACUGGAUUCAAGUUUCCAGCGGUAUGAAAGAUUAUCGCAAACGACCAAAGAACUCCAGGAACAAUUGAAUCAAGCUAAAUCAAAAACUCAACACUCCAUUCGUGUUUCAUCGAUUGGGACAUCCCAUUCUAAUGAAACGUUGCUCCCUAAUAUGGAGCUUAUAGAGCUACGAGCAGAAAACGCAACCCUCAAACAAGAUGCCCGUAAUUUUGAGCAAAUAUCCAGUAACUACGCGAAAGGAAUGGAAGAAAUGGUUGGGUUCGUCUCUUCUUAUACGGAGAAAAUGAACAUGAAAGUGAAGAUAGUGCACGAUGAAUACUUGAAAAUGUACGAUGCUUUGGCUGCAGAGCGUAUGUCCUUCUCAAAGAAGAACUAUAAGGAUGUACAGGCGUUGGAUAAAGUCAAAGGAUGGUUACUUCAAGCAUUAGAAGAAAAUCCUUAA